CUCUAUAUAUAUACUCUGUGCUUCAAAUGAUUCAUAAACCAAAACUUUCUUCUUUGAUUUGCUUCACUUUCCUUUCUUAGUACAUAAAAUCAAGUUAAGUUUAUGCAUGGCUUUGGCUUGUUCUUCUUGGACUCUGAUGGUGGCGAAGCUCUUCUUCUUCAUCAUCUUGCUUGUACUCUUGGAUGCUGAGUCUACUGUUACUGCUGCUCCUAGUUCUACCAUGGACGACUCUUUACCGCAGCACUAUGGGAGGAAAGUUUUGGCAAAUGGACUCGGUCUCACACCACCCAUGGGAUGGAAUAGCUGGAACCACUUUAGCUGUAAUAUUGAAGACAAAUUGAUUAGAGAAACUGCGGAUGCAAUGGUGUCCUCUGGACUUGCUGCACUAGGAUACCACUACGUAAACUUGGAUGAUUGCUGGGCUGAACUGAACAGAGACUCACAGGGAAACUUGGUUCCUAAAGCUUCAGCAUUUCCGUCUGGAAUAAAGGCACUGGCAGAUUAUGUUCAUGAGAAAGGCUUAAAAUUAGGGAUUUACUCUGAUGCCGGUUAUCAGACAUGCAGUCGAACCAUGCCCGGAUCAUUGGGCUACGAGGAACAAGAUGCAAAAACCUUCGCUUCUUGGGGAAUAGACUACUUGAAGUAUGAUAAUUGCAACAAUGAUGGUUCGAGUCCAAAAGUGAGAUAUCCAGUUAUGAGCAAGGCAUUAUUAAACUCAGGAAGGCCAAUUUUCUUUUCUCUAUGCGAAUGGGGAGAAGAAGAUCCUGCAACUUGGGCGUCAGCCAUUGGAAAUAGCUGGAGAACAACAGGAGACAUUUCUGAUAAGUGGGAGAGCAUGAUAUCUCGCGCAGAUGAAAACGAUAAAUGGGCAUCACAUGCCGGACCUGGAGGCUGGAAUGAUCCAGACAUGCUUGAAGUUGGAAAUGGAGGCAUGACGACGGAGGAGUACCGAUCCCAUUUCAGCAUUUGGGCAUUAGCUAAGGCUCCUCUUCUAAUUGGGUGUGAUGUUCGAUCCAUGAGCAAUGAAACAUAUGAAAUAUUAAGCAACAAAGAAGUGAUUGCCGUUAAUCAAGAUAAACUUGGAGUGCAAGGGAAAAAGGUUAGACAAGAUGGGGACCUAGAGGUAUGGGGUGGCCCUGUGAGUGAUGGGAGAGUAGCAGUAGUGCUGUGGAAUAGAGGCUCUUCAAAAGCCACAGUUACAGCAUACUGGUCUGACAUUGGUCUUCAACCAACUGCAGUUGUGGAUGCUCGUGACCUAUGGGAGCACAAAACUCAGGCGUCAGUCAAAGGCCAGAUAUCUGCUGAUUUGGAAUCUCAUGCUUGUAAAAUGUAUGUCUUAACACCCCAAAAGCAUGCAGGGACACAAAAUUAAAAACCUCACUUAACUGUGCAAUUGCCUGCUUCUUUGACUCCAAAAUUUAAAACACAAAUAAGUACUAUUUAUUCAGAGUUUAUAUUUAUUUCUG